AUGGCGUUACAGGUAGUAAAAUGUCGUCCAUCAUGGACACUUAUUAUGGCUAGCAGUACUGAUCAAGGUCCAUCAUUUAUACAGACACGUCUUUUUCAACGUUCUCAUAGUUCUAUUGCACCGAGGAAGAAUUCCUUGUCAAGUUGCAAUGAAAAAUCUGGGUCACAACAGUCCAAGCCAAUUCUUGUCGGAAGUCGGAAAUCAGACCCGGAAUUAGUGCGGAACGAGAAAAAAUAUGCUCCAGUUAUUUUGAAGCAAACAAGAUAUUUGCCGACAGAGACUAAGUUCACAUCUGGAAUUCUAUCUUCUACAGCUACAGCACGAAAAGCUAAAUUACGAAGUUUCAUUGAUAUCGUGCCGCCUGCGCCAAUAACUAUUCCGAAUUUACCAAAAGAUGAAACGGAUGUUAUUGUUGAUCUAAACAAGGACGACGUUUCACGGAUUUUAGAGAAUUUUGCUAGAAAACCUUUAGUUCGGGAAUUAUCUGAGCAGAACAACGUAAAUAGGAAAAUGUUCCAUGCAGCAUACAAAAGCUUUCGGAACUACUGCUUACAUGCAUCACCGCUAGAUCCCUGUAUUGCUAUUGUAAUCAGUGAUAUUCUCAACAAAGCACGUGAUGUCGAUAGUUUAUAUCCGUAUUUCAUUGACCAUGCCAAAAGGGUAUAUCCGCAUUUGGAGUGUGAAAAGGAGUUGAAGACCCUAAGUGAUCUAACUAAACCGUAUAAUUGGUAUCCAAAAGCUAGGGAGUUAUUCAGAAGGAUACAUUUUCAUGCAGGACCAACUAAUAGCGGCAAAACGUAUGAAGCAUUGCAGCAAUUCUAUCAAGCCAAAACAGGUUUUUAUUGUUGUCCGUUAAGGUUACUUGCCAACGAGGUGUGUGAAAAAACUAAUGAAAAAGGCAUCAAAUGUGAUAUGAUUACGGGUGAAGAACGGCGAUAUGCAAUUGAUGCUGAUAACCCUUCAUCUCAUGUUGCAAUGACUGUUGAAAUGGUUCCUGUUGAUGUAAAUGUUGAGAUAGCCGUAAUUGAUGAAAUUCAAAUGUUACGUGAUCAGAGUCGUGGUUGGGCUUGGACAAGAGCUUUACUUGGUAUUGCUGCAAAAGAGAUUCAUCUUUGUGGUGAAGAAGCAGCAGUUGAUAUUGUACGCAGUUUGUUAGAUCCUAUUGGAGAACAUGUAGAAGUGCACCGUUAUGAAAGGAAAACUCCUCUCAAUGUGAAUAAAGAGGCCUUAAAGAAGCUUAAUAAUGUUAAGGAUGGUGAUUGCUUGGUAUGCUUUUCGGUUUCUAUGCUAUUUUCAGUAGCUAAAAGCCUAAUGAAAUUGGGCGUACAACCAACUGUGAUAUAUGGAGCAUUGCCACCAUGGACAAAAUUGAAUCAGGCGAAAACAUUCAAUGAAAUGAGUCGUAAGCCUAAUGUAAUGGUUGCAACCGAUGCUGUUGGAAUGGGUCUUAAUUUAAAUAUACGCAGAAUCAUAUUCGUACAAUUUCCAUUUGGUGAACAUCAAGCAAACUAUCAUGUAAUGCAAGUAGCUGGACGUGCUGGUCGUUUUCAGUCUGCCUAUCAGAAAGGAUGGGUAACAACUUUACGACCAACAGAUAUGCGAUUGUUGGAAGCAUUUAUGAAAGAACCUAUUAAACCUAUUGAAACUGCUGGCAUUGCACCAACUUCUGAGCAGUUGGAAACCUUUUCAUAUCAUCUGCCUCAUGCUUCAUUUCUCAGUAUCAUUGAUAUGUUUAUAUCAAUCAGUUCUCUAAGCAAAAAAUUCCAUCUAUGUGAUAUUGAACAAUUUCGAAAACUUGCAGAACUUAUAGAUGACGUUCCAUUGAGUAUAAAGGUCAAAUAUGCUUUCUGCACUGCUCCUGUAGAUAUGGAUGUAGAUAAUGGUGUUGCCCGAGCAUGUUUUGUUCGUAUAGCUCGGAGAUUCGCUGAGGGUCAAGCAAUAAACUACAAUUGGUUUUGUGAAAUAAUACAGUGGCCGUUACCUAGACCGACAAGUAUUACAAUGCUUUUGGAUAUGUGUAAAAUAUAUAACUUAAUUGAUCUUUAUCUUUGGCUCAGUUAUAAAUUUCCGGAUAUGUUCCCGGAUCGAGAAAGAAUACGUCUUUUGGGAAAACUGAUUGAAGGCUAUAUAAAUGAUGCAUUGCUAACAAUGUCUGAUAUCACCUCUUCACAACAGGACGAAGAAGAAAGUGGAUAUAUAGAUGAAAUGAAUGAUCAAGGGAAUAUGGAGUCAGUGUCAGAGCGGUUAUUACGGAAAGGAUUGGUAAAUAAAAGCGAGUUGUUAUUAUUAAGGGAAGAGAUUAGACGUGAAGAAAUUAAAAAAUUACAAAAUCGUAAUGUUGACGAUGAGAAUAAUUAA